UGCUAGGCCCCCCUCCCCCGCAGGCAGACCAGACUUUUGCGCGCAUGCGCUUCCGAGCUGUAGCCCACUGACCCCCCGCGUCUGAUCGGGUUCGUCUGAGAAAAGCGUCCCGGGCCGCUGUUGACGCCGAGCCAAGGUUCCGGGAAGUCUCAGCACCUCAAAGAUGGACUCACAGGAUGCCAGUGGUCAGUCUGCUGCUGGAGAGCCUGCUGCUGACCGCACUGCUGGCCAGGACCCACUCCAGUUGCUGCAGGCCCUAAAGACAUUGUGGCCCUCUCGGGAAUGGCUGCAGCUCCGGGAGGAAGCCUGGCGGGGCUUUGCUGCCCUGGACAACCCAUGUGCUGGACUUCUGGACAUGCUGGCAGGAACUGGGGGCUGGCGAGUCAAGGGCCCCUCCCUGGAGGCCUGGCUCAUCUGUGAGCUGCAUCGCUGGCUGCAGGCCCAGCCUGGCCUCAGGCCACCCCAGGGUGACCAGGGACUGAAGCAACUGCAGGCCCAGGCAGUCAGAGUCCUUGCAGAGAGCCCCGCCAGUCUCGUGGAGCCUCUGGUCAGCAUCUUCCAGCUGCAGGAUGAAGACCGGGGCCCCCUGCUGGUUCAUGUCCACCACCUCCGCCAGGAGGGCAAGUUCAAAGAAGCUCUCAUGCUGGCCAUGAAACUGAAGCUGCAGCCAGAACUGGAUGUUGAAGAGAUGAGCACCCCAUUGCUGCUCCAGGACAAGCUGAACCUUGUGGAGUGCUACGUGGCUGGCUUCCCCAACCUCCAGAAGAGGCUGUUGACCCUCAUGGACUCCUGGUGCCAGCCUGGCUUUGACAUCAAUGCCAUUGCCAGCACUGCUCCUUCCAGACAGCACCCGAAGGUGGCCUGCUUGAAGCUGGGGAAGCUGAGCCCCCGGGAGCUGAGCCGGCGGGUGCUGUGCCUACAGGAGCGCUUUGGCCUGGACGCUGCUGAGCUGUGUCCUCAUGCUGUGGCCCAGCAGCGCCUGUCUGCCCUGCGGUACCUGUGCUAUAAGCACUUCGUGGAGGGAAGCAUGACCCGGGAGAACUGGGUGGACCACGUGCAGGAGCUGGUGGGGCAGAACCGGUGGCUGCAGGAGCAGCUGCUCCAGCUGCUUGUCACUCACAGUGACAUAGGCACUACUGCCCAGUGUGCCCGGGACCUCUUGCUGCCUGUGGAGCUCCUGCCCCCUGCGGUGGCCGCAAAGCUUGGCCGGCUUCAGCUGGAGGAGAGGCCUGCCGAGGUGCCUUUCAAGGACCAGAGGGACCAUUACUACCAGCUGCCCAUCGCCAGAGGGGACAUCUGCUUCCUGGCCUCAUGGGAGGACCUGGCCCAGCACGAGGCCCAGCUCCUGCGGCCCGAUCAGGUCAUGGGCAUGGACCUGGAGUGGAGACCAUCCUUCGGCACGGGUGGCCGGCCCCGGGCAUCUCUCCUGCAGGUGGCCGUGGAGGGCCGCGUAUUCCUGCUGGAUCUGCUGGGCUUCUCGCAGCUGCCUCCUGGGGGCCCGGCUGUCCAGGCCCUGUGCCGGCUGCUGUCCCGGCUGCUGUCAGACCCCACCAUUACCAAGCUGGGUUAUGGGAUGGCGGGGGACCUGCACAGCCUGGGUGCCUCCUUCCCUGGCCUGGUCCAUGUGGAAAAGGAGCUACAGGGAGGCCUGGACCUGAUGCCAGUGCAUAAGCGGAUGCAGAUGGCAAAAGCCCCAGGUGUACCUAGGCCUGGGGGGCCACGGGGGCUCAGCCUCCUGGUGCAGCAGGUGCUGGGCAAACCCCUGGACAAAUCACAGCAGCUGUCCAACUGGGACCGACGGCCGCUUCGUGAGGGGCAGCUUAUCUAUGCAGCGGCGGAUGCCUACUGUCUGCUGGAAGUGCACAGGGUGCUGUGCAGAGAGCCUGGCCGCUUCCACCUGACAGCGGACCUGACAGAGAGCAUGAGGCCGGGGCAGAGUGACAGAUCAGCCUCUGAGGUCUCAGGCCCACCCCGGCAGGUGCCAGUGGCUACAGGCCUGCCCCCCACCCCUGAGGUGCCAGCCAGGGCUUUCCGUGUGGUGUGUGACAACAUGCUACAGGGACUGGCACGAUGCCUCCGCUGCCUGGGUGCUGACGUGCGGGUGCUGGGCCUCGGUGAGGACCACCGCGAGGCAGCUGAGUUGGCCAGGCAAGAGGGAAGGAUCAUCCUGACUUCAGGACUGCCGUACCACAAGCUCCAGGCCCAGGUCAGGGCCGGCCGCUGUCUCUCUGUUGACUGCUCCCUCAAGGCCCAGCAGCAGGCAAUGGCUGUGCUCAAACAUUUCAACGUUCGAGUCACCCUCUCAGACAUCUUCAGCCGCUGUCAGGCCUGUAACUGUGACCAAUACCUGAAGGUCUCCAAGGACAUGAUGCAGCAUCUCUUGUGGCUUGAUGGCCACCAGGAAGGCCCCAGCAGCACAGGUGCCGAGACCACCCAGAGUGAGGAUGCACGGGAGUCAGGUUUGGCCCCAGAAGAGACCCUAGGGAGUUGUGCCUAUGAGCCCUCGUGCCGCUGGCUGGAGGCAUCAGAUCUUCGGCCUAGCCCACCUGCCACGCUGAGCAAUGGCACACGGCUUCAGCUGGCAGGGGUCCCUGCGGGUGUGCUGCGACGGCCAGGCCUGCACCACUUCUUCUGCUGCCCUGGCUGCGGCAAGGUCUUCUGGGAGGGUUCCCACCUGGGCCGUGUGGCCAGGCACUUCCGGGAGAUUCUCAAAGAGCCCCUGACGCAGCCAGCUGAACCCCCUAGGACUGAGCCAUAGACACCCCUCCUCUGUGUCCCCCAGGGUGACCUACAAUAAAUGCAGGUGAGCCCAGAGCACACAGGCCC